AUGCAAUUCCUCGGAGCCCCAGACCAAGUGGGCAUAGGAGGAAAGAAAAAGAAUGAAAUCCUGGGAAAUGAUGAAAAGGAGAAACGAGAAAAAGGGGAAAGAAAAGAAUACUAG